AUGGCGUCGGCGGCGCUGUUUGACCCGACGCUCCAUGCCGCGUACUACCAGCACCGGUGGGCGUCGCAGAAAGAGAACGCGGUGCUGGUGUGCGUCCGUGAUGUGCUGAGACUCCGGCGCGCGUUUCCCGCGCUGUUCGAGGCAGGCGCAGUGCGGCUCUACCGGCACGCCCAGUGGCCGUGCGUCUAUGCGACGGUCGUCGCGACGGUCGUGGCCGUGCGCGAGGCAGAGGGACAGACAGAGUAUACGGUCGACGACGGGUCGGCCGCGAUCGACGUGCAGUGCGCGCCGACGCUAAAAAAGGCGGCGCCGGGGAUCUAUAGCUGCUAUGUCCCGGCGGACGGGCACCACGACGCGCCGAGACUCGCGGUAGGCGACGUUGUGCGUGUGACGGGGCGCGUAUUUGACCGCCGCGACCGGUCUCGGUCGAUGGACGUGGAGAGCGUCGAGGUCGUCGCCGAUCCGACGCACGAGCCGGCUCAUAUGCUCGAGGCGCUUGCGCGGAGCGACGGCAUGUAUCGCCGUGCGCCCGACAUGCCCAAAGAGUGUGGCGUAAUUGAAGAGCUCGACGGGGGGGCGCCCCCCGCUCCGUCAUCCACCCGGGCCAUGGUCGAGUUCCUACAAGACUACCUCGCCGCCAAGACAUCCGCCGCGCUCGGCCCUGGCCUGGUGCGUUCGCGGCACCUGAUUCCCUCCUUUACCCUCCCCGGCCUGAUAACCAGUGCGUCGGUACAGCGUGCAGCGCAUGCGCUUGUGCAGCACAAGCUCCAAGGCCGUGCACUUCCCGAACACGCCCUGGCCGACAAAGAGCACCAGCUCCUGUCGCACUGCCUCGACCAGCUCGUACGCACCGGCGCCCUGCUCGAGCGGCGCGGCACACCUCGACGCUUCCAAGUCGUGUGCCCCGCGCUGCUCGGCGCGUACAUCUGUGCACUGCUCGGCGUGUCGUCCGCUCCAUUUUCCACACCCGAGAUGCACCGCCGCCUGCGCCGCGCCGACCCCCGUUUGAAGGCGGUGCCCCUCGCCCACAUAGACGCCGCGCUCGCGCACCUCGCCGCGCAUGGCGUCGUGGCCGCCGACGGCCCUGUUUGGAUACCUUUGUAG